AUGAAGGUCGCUACCAUCACCGCCCUCGUCUUCGCCACGGCCGUCGCCGCCGAGGCAAACUUCCCCCGCGUUCAGCUUGGCCAUGCCGCUGCUGAGAGGCGUGACGUUGAGGAGCGUCAGCUCGACUCGAUCCUCAGCGCUGCCACCGCUGCCGUUGCGUCCGUUGUGACCGACGCUGUCCCCAGCGUUUUCGACCAGGCCACCUCUGCUGUUGCGUCCGUCGCGACCGACGCUAUCCCUAGCGUUUUCGACCAGGCCACCUCUGGUGGUGCCUCCGUCGGCGCCAAGGUCACCUCGGCUGUCGGUGGUGUUGGUGAGAAGGUCACCUCGGCUGUCGGUGGUGCUGCCUCGUCGGCUGCUGCCGCCGCCGGCACGAGCGGCGCGGACUCGACCGCCGUCAAGGUCGGUGCCCUCGCGAUUGCCGGCGUCGCCGCUGGCGUCGUCGCCCUCGCCUUCUAA